UUGCGGCGCUAGCGUCGAAAUCGACGAAGCGAAGUCGCGUCCGUGAUCAGCAGGCGAGUGCGGAGUGAGAGAUAGCGAAGUAGAAUUUGCGGCAACCCGGCGUCUGGCGAUUUGGAGCAAGAAACGAACGAGGAAAUUUUUAACGUCAUAAACCAGCAACGCUGCGGAGUUAGCCAAGGUGGUUGUGAGUUUAGAGACGAAAAUUCCAAUCUCUUGUAAUCUCCAGCCAUGAACAACGCACUAGUCCUCGCUGCGGUUAUCGGUUUAUUUACAUGCCGCCACGUAGCCGGUUCGCAGGUUCAUCGCGUCCGUGGCGUGCCGAUAUCAAAAACGUCGUUGUACCCUGCCGACCGUGAUUUCCAGUGUCUGGACGGCAGUCUGUUCAUACCGUUUAACCGGGUGAACGACGAUUACUGCGAUUGUGCCGAUGGGAGCGACGAACCGGCCACCUCGGCAUGCUCAAACGGCUCUUUCUUCUGUCACAAUCCCGGUCACAGGCCGCAGUACAUUCCGUCAAGCUGGGUGAAUGACGGUGUCUGUGACUGCUGCGAUGCAAGCGAUGAGUAUGCCUCCGGGAAGUCCUGCGUCGACAACUGCCAUGAGCUUGGCAAGGAGGCAAGGAUCGAGGCGCAGCGACUCGCUGAGCUGGCUAAGGAAGGUAACAAAAUUCGACUGGAGAUGAUGAACAGGGGUAAGCAGAUUAAGACUGAACAACAAUCGCAAAUCGUCAAACUGCGCGCUGAUUACGAGGAAGCUGAGCGUAUGAAGAAGGAGAAGGAGGUGAUCAAAAAUCAGGUGGAGGAAAGGGAGAAGAUCGCACUUGAGAAAUACAAACCUGCCGAACCUGAAAGAAUAAUCAAUGAUCCCGAAGAGGAUGAGAUUAGUUCCAAUGAGGCGGAGGACUACUUUAAUCAUCUUGAUUCUGACUCCAGUGGCACUGUCACUGUUGCUGAACUUCAAGUCAGACAAACCUUUGAUGUCAACAGAAACGGAGAGGUUUCUCUCGACGAAGCCAAAUACUUCUUGAACAAUAAGGAAGAAGUUACGCUUCAGGAAUUCUUAGAUUCUGCUUGGGCUAACGUUAAACCCUACGUUAUGCUGGAGGAAGGCACGUUCAAGCAGCCGAAUCAAGAAGAAAGUGAAACUGGAGAACACGACGAUCCCGAGCGUUCUAAAGAGGAGGAGGAAGAACACGAAGCUGAAGGCGAAGAGAAUGCAGAGGAUGCAGAGAUUGAAAGUGAACCUCCAGCGCCGCAGUACGACGAAGAGACACAAAUAUUGAUAAGCGAGGCAGACAAGGGACGAAGUCAGUUUAAAGAUGCUGAAAAUGCUGUGAAGGAUCUUUUGGCGGAAUUGAGGAAGCUGGAGGACCAGAUAGAUCGAGAUUAUGGUCCUGACCAAGAAUUUGCACCUCUGGAUGGGCAGUGCUUCGACUAUACUGACAUUGAAUAUGUAUACACCUUCUGUCCGUUUGGAAAAGCAACUCAGAAAUCAAAGUCUGGUGGUUCGGAGGUGAUCCUUGGUCACUGGCACGAGUGGGUAGAGUUUAAGGGAAACAGAUAUUCAGCCAUGAAGUUUGAUCGAGGACUUGCUUGUUGGAAUGGACCAACGAGAUCCACGACUGUCCAUUUAUCUUGUGGAACUGAAAAUAAAAUUUUAGCUGUGUCAGAGCCAAGUCGAUGCGAAUAUGCCAUGGAAUUUGCCACUCCUGCUGUUUGUCAUGUUGACGGGAUCGGUGAUUCGCACGACGAACUUUAAUAGAUUAUUAUUUAUCGUGAUUAAAAGAUUAAGAUAAUUUCUAAUUAAGGAAACUAACAGAGAAAAAUAUCAGACACUCACUGUCGAAAUUGAGGGACUACAAAUUAUAGUUAAAGUUACAUUUACACUGCACAGAUGAUCACCAAUGAAAAUCUCAUUUAAUCUCGUCAAUCAAUUCUGACCACUUAAUAUGUUGGAGAACAAUAGAUUUGUCAUAUUACUUUUGUGCUAAUUAUGUAAAGUACAACUGUAGGCUGUUUGUGGAUGACUUGCAUUUUGCUAGUACGAACGAAAUAAGUGGUCGACAAAAAAUGUACUCAGGAUUCAGGAAGUAACGUUCCACCGUGAAACAUUUUAUCGGUUACCGGAUAAUGAAAAACAAAAACAUUCAAAGUCAAAUUUUAUCCCACGUAAUAGUCGGCGCCCAGAAUUUUUCACCGGCAUUAUAAUACCAAAUUAAUUUUACAUUUUUAAAAUAUCGUUCAAUCCAAAGAAAAUCUAGAGCCUAGUCAGAAAAGUGAUUCUUGACUUGGGAUCAGGUUAUAAAAAUAGCUUUGGAGUAUUUUAGAAAUCGAUUCAAACUCCUUAGCAUAUUUGAUCAGUACUGACCUCCUGUUUUACCUCAGUUUAUUUCUAAAAUUCUGUCCUCAUUUCAUGUUUCAUGGUAUUGAAUCAAGUAUUGAAUUUACACCACUAAUAGAGGUUUGCUCAAGUCACAAACAUAAGCACCUCUUUAUACAUAAUUAUAAUUAAUGAAUGAUCAUUAAGUACGUACCUAUACGGAGCUCUCGUCAACAUUCCUAAUUUGAAGUUGAAAGUUGGGCGGAAAUUAUUGGAGAUCACUUGUAAUAGAGAUUAGAAAUGCCUUUUCUCUGUCAUCACUUAUCGAAGCACACGGCAUUGGCUUUCAUUUUUUUCUUAUUCUCUUUGACCAAUUGAUAAUAUCUGAGCUUAGAGGCUAGCUCAAUUGUAACGGGUGUUUGCCUUUAGGUCAUAUUUUGUAAUUUUUUAAGGAGAUCAUGUACAAUGUGCGUGUGUGGAUGAAAUAAAAAAACCUGUUGAAUUAUAA